CAUUGUCAGUCAUUCAAUGUCAUCGUCAGUUGUCACGGUUGUUUUGCUGUUUUCUUUUUCUGGCUUGAUUCUUUGUGCUGGAUCUUCCGUGUUUCUUCCGUUUUGCUCAUGUGUUGAGCACAACAAAUGUUAGUAUUCUAACUAGUGCGAAAAGUCAGCAGUUCGUCUUGAACAGUCCCACACUGCCUAAAUGCACCCAACAAUGGAUCAAACGGAGGAGGAAAAGAAGACGUUGGCCACCGACAACCCCGCCGAAUCUGCUCCAGACGCUGAUGACAUCAUCGCUAAGUAUGAGGAGAUGUUUGCCACAAGAUACACCGAAGAGGAUCCUGCGUACCUCCCCUACAUCAACAAAGGAAUGGACCUGCCCCCCAUCGUUGAAAAUUACUCCAUGAGACGUCAGAGGCCCAACUGGAAUGACAACCGUUCGGACUCAAGGCAAUACCAAGACAGAGGCCGCAAGCGUAACUUUGACGACGCCAGUCACCAUGAGGACUGGAAGAGACGCAGGGGACAUCACGACAAUCGGAGCUACCACCAUGACCAAGGCGGGGGGUGGGGUCACCAACAGCACAGAGGUCACGGGGGUGAGAACCGGUGGGGUCACCAGCCCAGACAAGACCAGAGAGCAAGGGACGACCGGGGCUACCAACGGGAUCAGUCGGGGCGAUGGUAUGAUAACGAGCGAGGGCGUUCUUCUGGUCCCUAUGAGGCCAGACAGAGAUCACAUCAGCCACAAGACCAUGAAUGGACAUAGUGCUGCUCUCCAUUUAGACUACUUGGACACUAAGGCCAAGUAAAAAAAUAAAACAGUUUCUCGUCUGGGCUUUUGGAAAAAAUGAAGGAGGCAACCCUCUUUUGGUUGUUCAUUUCUUUUCCAAAGAUAAGGAUUUUACAAGAUGUCGGAUUUUCUAAGAUAACGAUGUAUUUUUCCAUUUUCUCAACUUUUUUGCUGAUACAAAAUCAUGUCCAAAGGAGUCUUCAUCCUUUCUACAUGUAAUAUCUUCAAGGUUGUUGGAAACAAAAAUAAAAAGGCAAUAUAUUGACAAUACAUUUGCAAAAUAUAUUGCAACUGUAAAAAAAACCAACCUUUUGUUAAAACAAGCCGGGCAGGAAGUGGGUAGAGAUGAGAAACUGUUUUUGUUAUCUACUUGGCCUUAUGCUACAGUUAUCUUCUGAGGUGCCUCAUACAGUGAAUCAGAUUUGGAGGGGGGUGGGAGAGACACCUGAAAUACGAACGCUGAAGUGCACUAAUCCAAAGCGUCUUCACGUGAGCGUCAGAUACCGUCGGCAUGCGUUGAAUGUUUCUCCCAGUGGUCUCCCCCAACUCUGCCUUUUCAGUCGUUGAGAGAGGCACCUGUGCACAGGCGGAGUCCUAAGCCUAGGAUUCCAUCUGUACACAAGUACCCCCUCAAUGGUUAAAAACUGCCUCUGUUGGUGACUUACUUAUAAUCGGGUUCUAAUUCUUUAAAAAAGGGUAACAGAUCAUGAACACAAUUUCAUCAUCUGUCAGAGGUAGAGUUUAUCUGCCUUUAAGGCUCUAGUGGUUGCAAUGACUGCACUGGUGAGCUGGAGGUCACAGGUUCAUGUCCUGCCCAUAAAGUUUAUCAAGCUAUCUCCCACCGGUAAUUUUGUAUGGCUGGUUAUAUGAACUGCACCCCCUGAAGAAUGACCGGUGAUGUGUACUGACAGUUGCUUACGUUCUUCUUUUGUGUUAUGCUAUGGAGUUUCUGCACGUCAGAGUUGAAUUUUAAUGAGUUUUUUGUGUGCCUGAAUCAGUCCACCUAAAUAUGUUUCUUUUAAUAACUCUUUUGAGUGCUAGAUACUGUCUCACAACUCAAGAAACUUGGAUAAGAAACUUUGGAAGUUCCACUUGGAAUAGACCAAUCCGGGCAUGCUGACAAUUCUAUCACGGUGGCCCCCUUCAAUGGCCAAAGCAUUGUGCUAGAUAUUGUUCAGAUAAUCCGUCACAGAGCAGGGACUUGCUUUGUACAAUAGCGUGCCCAAUAUUAUUUUUUUUCAUUGAAGUUGGGCUUCAUGAUUGUAGAGGAAUCGUGUUAGCCUGGAUUUCGUCUAU